CACUUGCGAUAAAUACUUGAGAUCACUCUAGUCAGAAUUGUUCUACAUCAUUUGCUCGCGGUAGUAGUUGAGAAGGGAACAAGGGACCAUCGAGCAGCCACUGCCACCAGCAGCGGAGGAUCAGAACUCCGACGCACUGAACAGAGGCGUAGACGAUUGAAAUGGCGGAUACUACAACGCAAGGAAGAGCCACCCUCUUCUCUCCUUACAAGAUGGGCAAAUUCGAUCUCUCUCACAGGGUGGUGCUGGCGCCGAUGACGAGAUGCAGAGCUUUGAACUGGAUUCCGCAGCCGGCGAUGGCAGAGUACUACGUGCAGAGGUCAACUCCGGGGGGCUUUCUCAUUACCGAAGGAACCUUGAUCUCUCCCACGGCGCCAGGAUUUCCACAUGUACCUGGCAUAUAUUCAGAAGAACAAGUUGGGGCAUGGAGGAAGAUAGUGGAUGCUGUCCAUGCCAAAGGAAGCAUUAUCUUUUGCCAACUCUGGCAUGUUGGCCGAGCUUCUCACUCAGUUUAUCAGCCAGGAGGGGCCCCGCCCAUAUCGUCCACUAGCAAGCCCAUAUCAGCGAGGUGGAGAAUUCUCUUGCCGGAUGGGUCCUAUGGCGUGUAUCCAGAGCCUCGAGCCCUGAAAACUUAUGAAAUACCGGACAUCGUGCAGCAUUACCGGCAAGCGGCAGUAAACGCUAUUCGGGCGGGUUUUGAUGGAAUUGAAAUUCACGGGGCUCAUGGGUACAUUAUUGAUCAAUUUUUGAAGGAUGGGAUCAACGAUCGAACAGAUGAAUAUGGUGGAUCACUAGAUAAUCGUUGCAGAUUUCUAAUGCAGGUGGUUAAAGCAGUGGUUUCUGCCAUCGGAGCCGAUAGAGUUGCCGUGAGAAUCUCACCGGCAAUAGAUCACCUGGAUGCCAUGGACUCUGACCCACUUAGACUAGGCUUAGCUGUGGUCGAGAGGCUCAACAAGCUCCAACAAGAGUUAGGCUCAAAGCUUACAUAUCUCCACGUGACCCAGCCUCGAUACACUGCAUAUGGGCAAACAGAAUCAGGCAGACCUGGGAGUGAAGAAGAAGAAGCUCACUUGAUGAGGAACUUGAGGAAGGCUUAUCAAGGGACGCUCAUGUGCAGUGGUGGAUUCACAAGGGAAUUAGCAAUUGAUGCCGUGGCUCAAGAUGAUGCUGAUUUGGUAUCAUUUGGUCGUCUUUUCAUAUCAAAUCCAGACCUGGUCCUAAGGCUUAAGAUUAAUGCACCUCUGAAUAAGUAUAACAGGAAGACUUUCUACACCCAGGAUCCCGUUGUGGGAUACACAGAUUACCCCUUCUUGAACAAGGAAAGCGGGCCUAAAUCACUCUCGCGUCUUUAAUUGUGUCAGUUUUUGGAUAUGUUAUUUGCAUUGUUAUUGCAUGAUUGCAAUCUCCGCAACUUGUCACCGGGUUCAAGCUCUUACCCUUGGGGAAAUACAUAUAUUUUUAUUGAGAUUGGUACUGAUAGCUGUUGAGUGUUGACUAGUUCA